GGCAGCCAUGGCCCCCAGCCGGAAUGGAAUGAUUCUGAAUCCCCACUUCCACAAAGACUGGCAGAAGAGAGUGCGCACCUGGUUCAACCAGCCAGCCCGAAAGAUCCGCAGGCGAAAGGCUCGUCAGGCAAAGGCCCGCCGCAUCGCCCCUCGCCCUGUCGCUGGACCACUGAGGCCACAGGUCAGGUGUCCCACCGUCAGGUACCACACCAAGGUUCGUGCCGGACGUGGAUUCACCCUGGAGGAGUUGAAGGCGGCUGGCAUCCACAAAAAGACAGCUCGCACUAUUGGCAUCGCCGUUGACCCUCGUCGUCGUAACAGAUCCGCAGAGUCUCUUCAGGCCAACGUGCAGCGCCUGAAGGAGUACCGCUCCAAACUCAUCCUGUUCCCCAGAAAGGCCUCCGCACCCAAGAAGGGAGACAGCUCGGAGGAGGAACUGAAGAUGGCCACUCAGCUCACUGGUCCAGUCAUGCCCAUCAAAACUGUACACAAGAAGGAGAAGGCCCGGGUUAUCUCUGAAGAUGAGAAGAACUUCAAGGCGUUCGCCAGCCUGCGUAUGGCCCGCGCCAAUGCUCGUCUGUUCGGCAUCCGUGCCAAGAGAGCCAAAGAGGCCGCCGAGCAGGACGUGGAAAAAAAGAAGUGAAAAUAGUCGCUAUGGAACUUUGCAAAAUAAAGUCUUUAAAAUUAGCAAUUUGAGAUGGUCAUGUUUUUAAUGAUAGAUAUACAUGUUAAGUGUUUAUAAAUCGUCUGAGGAGAGAAGAAAAGACAAAGCUAACCAUGAAAUACAAACCCAUUUAAAAUGGUUUUGUUGGGAUGAAAGACAUCAUUGGGACUUCCUGUGUUGACGAAGCCUAUUGCUGCCAGAGGGGGAAAUGAUUUAUCUCCUUAAAUAUCCACUUGGAGGAUGCUCAAAGGUGUUCUUGGAUCAUGUCAUGGCCAUCAGCUUAGGUAUUCACACUCCUUUUUCUUAAUGCUU